CACUUUCAGCACUUCACGCACCUAGGGUUUCUCCGCCGCCGCCGCGCGUCUUCGUCUCCGCCGCCGCAACGAUGCCGUCCCACAAGACCUUCCGCAUCAAGCAGAAGCUGGCGAAGAAGCAGCGCCAGAACCGCCCCAUCCCCUACUGGAUCCGCAUGAGGACCGACAACACCAUCAGGUACAACGCGAAGCGCAGGCACUGGCGCCGCACCAAGCUCGGGUUCUAAGCAGGGGAUAACCCGGCCGACUGCUCCGUGGGAAGCCAUUUCAGGAUGUUUCAGCGUUUACUUAAGUUAGAAAGUGAUUCCAGGGUGUUUGAAUUAAGAUUUUGGUGGUGUACUGAGGAAACCAUGCUGUGCUAAGUAAACAACCCUUCAUAUGUGUCUGUCGUGCAAAAAAUCUCUGAGGUUCAAUUUAUGUUCAACUGCCAAUUACUCUACUUUGAUUCUACUAGUCUCUGUGUUUGUGGCAUAAAGUAUGGUUGCCCCUCUACCAUUUUGUUAGAAAGCCGCUGUCAUCUUUUAGUACCUCUUUGUGUUUAUUGGUCACAGCCUAUUCUAUAGGUUAUGGUGUACAAGUCACAUCUGUGUGGAUGUAGGUUUUAUCUUUUUCUGGCAGACCCUGUUGCGAUUUUAUGAUCGUUGUGUUGUAAUUCACUUGCUCAAGCUAGCUUGGAUUUCUGUUUAAGACUUAAGUUUUUUGAAUUAACACAUGAAUUAAGACUUGGAUGAUGUUAAUUGGUAGUAA